AUGGUUGAAACAACAUCUGUCUUUUGUCCUGAUGCCCCACCACCAGCUGCUUCAUAUUCCCAUGCUGUUAAGGCAAAUGGUAUGAUUUAUGUAUCUGGUCAAAUUCCAUAUACUAAAGAAAAUAAACCAAUUGGUGGUACAGUUAGUGAUCAGGCAGAACAGAUGAUUCAAAAUGUUAAAAAUAUUUUAGAAUCUGCCAACUCUUCAUUGAACAAGAUUGUUAAAGUUAAUGUAUUUUUAACAGAUAUGAAUCAUUUCCAAGAAUUCAAUGUAGUUUAUGCCAAGUACUUCAGUGAACAUAAACCUGCAAGAUCUUGUGUCGCUGUAGCUGCAUUGCCUUUAGACAACAUAAUGGAAAUGGAAGUUGUUGCUGUUGAAAAUUAA